AUGGCUCAAGGAAAUCAAGUUGGAUCUAUAAUCUUAAAUCCCAACAAGCAAAAGCAAAAGCAAAAAAAAAAUGUUUUCUUCACAUUGGUUUGCAUCUUGCAAACCCUAGCUUCUGUUUCAGGGGCGACAAAGAGGAGAGCAAGCGGUGGUGGCAGCAACAUUGAGCAGCAACUUGAAGACAGACAUGAAGGUCCCAUACCGAGUUGCGGGAAAAUGACGUCAAUGGCGAUGGGCAGAAAAAUUGAUCUGGAACAGAGAGUGAUUCCGGUGCAUUCCUUCGGCCACGAAUACCAAGGACAGCUCAAGAAUAUUUGA